GCUUCUUCGCGAUGCUGUCAGGCCCUGCGAGGCAUCGCGGGCGUCCCGGCGGGGUCGUCCGGUGCCUGGUGUCCGCCUGCCUGCUGUCUCUGCUGCUGGAGGCUCGGGGGUCUUAUCCUCAGAGCGGCGAGUGCAAAGGCAAAGGAAAGGACUGCACAGAUCUGUCAGAGAAGAAGAGCGACCUGAGGGUCUGUGAUGACUCCACCUGCCGAUUCGGGGGCACCUGCAGAGAGGACGGCGCUCAGCUCAAGUGUGUCUGCCAGUUCCAGUGUCACAAAAACUACGUCCCUGUGUGCGGCUCAAACGGAGACACCUACCAGAACGAGUGCUACAGGCGACAGGCGUCCUGCAAACAGCAGAGACUCAUCUCACGGGUGUCCGACGGGCCCUGCUCCACCGAUCCUGGUUCUGGUUCAGGAGACGGAGACGACGACGAGGGCUCAGGCUCAGACGUCGGGAAGAAGUUCACCAAGUGCAGCACAUGCAAAUACGGAGCAGAGUGUGACGAAGACUCGGAGGACGUCUGGUGCAUAUGUAACAUCGACUGCAGCGGUCACAAUGAAAACCCGGUGUGCGCCACUGACGGAAACUCCUACAACAACCCCUGCCUGGUCAGAGAGGCCUCGUGCAUGAAGCAGGAGCAGAUCGAUGUCAAACACCUGGGCAGGUGCCCCGCUGAUAAAGAAAAACAGGGCAAGAAAGACGACGGCAGCCCUUUCAAAGGAAACGUCCUGGACACCAGGAUUCUGGAUCACGGAGAAGGUUUGUACCCGGGAAUGUCCAUCCCGUGUGCCGACAGCUUCUCUGGUUUCUGCGUUCACGGGAAAUGUGAGAUCAACAAGUACAACAUGGCCACCUGCAGAUGUGACGCAGGAUACAAAGGUCCUCAGUGUGACGAGCCUCAGGACUUCAACAUCCUCUACGUGGUCCCCAGUGGACAGAAGCUGCACUACGUCCUGAUCGCCGCCAUCAUCGGUGCCGUGCAGAUCGCCAUCAUUGUUGCCGUAGUGAUGUGCAUCACAAGGAAAUGCCCGAAGAACAACAGGGGUCGCCGGCAAAAACAAAAUCUCGGACACUUUUCCUCAGACACUAACAACAGGAUGGUAUAGCCGUGUCUGUCGGAGGUCUUUUUUGAUAAUUUUUUUCUUACGGCGCGGGAAUAUACCAUUUUUUAACAGUAGGUGUAGUGAGUUUUCUUUUUUCUCCUAGGAAACUGUUAAAAGAAGAAUAUUUAUUUCAGGGGCCUUAUUUUCCCUCCUUUUAAUUUUGGAUGGCAUCUUUGCGCAUUUAUUUUGCGCAUCAAAUUAUUUUGUUUGGUUUUUUCCUCCAAUGCCGCGAGUAGUUCAAGGAGCCGAUUCAACACAACCCGCUGUCACUUUGCAUCGCCGCCAUGUCCGCCGUCUCGGUUUUACUGCUACGAGGUUUAGUUGAAUGCUUUGCGGUAUCUUUGUUGAGCUGGCUAACAGAGUAACAUCUGCCCCUCUGGAAUGUGCUAUUUAUUGAAAAGUUUGAUUUCUUUGCCCCUUUCUUUUUUGCUUUUUACUAAUAACGUGCAGCUGAUUACCAAAUGCAGUGUUUUUUGUUUCCGUCCUUUCGGGUAGGAGGUGAGAGGGGGCCAGCUGGUACCAUAGAUAUGUUUACACUCAUCCUUUGGUCCAUGUAAAGACUUCACUGUGUUCAAACAAGCUAAUAAUUUAUUCUUACGAUGAAGAAUUCUUUUCUUGAAAGUAGCUUUUACUGGAAGUUUUUACGUUAACUUUUCUUCGAAAUUGUAGUUUAUGUAUAUUAGCAUGACUUGUGAUAACUGUGUACUGUGGUGUAGUUAACUUUUUAAAAGGAAAAGUUGUCUGCCUCGAUGCCUCCUCCGCCUCCUCCGCCCCUCCUACGAUGGCACGAUGAAAAGUUGGACUGACGAAUGGAGGACGAGGGCGUUAGUCAGAGGGGGGGUUUGUUUUAUUUGGGGUUUUUUCCCUGAAAAGGAAUGUCCAUUGUCUGGAAAUCAAUCUGUUGGCUUUAUCAAGACAAGGAAACACACAACAAGCAUUUCUGCCCGUCGUUAAUGAAAGGAAAGUAAAACCAGUAAAGCCAUGAACACAAAGGCGGCUAUAUGCAAGAUUGUAAAGGAAGGGCUGGACUUCAACUCGACAUCAACGUCCUGGCGAUAACUUUCACGUAAAUGGAAGAAGUCUUGGUUGCUUCGAUCAAGGAUUUUCUCUGAAUGUGAGGGAAUAAUUUUGUUUUCUGUUUUGCGUUUUCUCCUCAGCAAAACAUUCCAAGCACAGAUGAUCCCACGAGAAAAAAUAACACAGUAAUAAUACUGAAUAUAACAGCGUUCUGUUCUCUGGUAUGAACAUGUGUGUCUCAUGGUGUUUAGAUGACAUGCAAACCGUCAUUUGGCCUUACGUUAUUCGCACAAAUACAGUCAAGUGCUUUUGGCAUAUAAGGAGGAAAAAUCUGAUCAGUAUCCUGAAUAAUUUAGUAAUCCUAAUAAGUAAUCCAAGCCUCCUCUUUUUGUUCUGUUUCAAUGUAAAGUUUUGAUUGUCACCUCUUUAUUUUUGUAAUGGACGUUUCGCCUGUUUCACUUUGCCAAAACAGAAGAAAUAAGAAGCCAAAACGCACAUACAGCAGCAUCGUCUAGAUUCUGAGAAUGUGCUCGUGUACCGUGUGGCUAAAACACCACAACCCUGAGUGGGUCGCCAGCACGCCGGUUAAUGUUAAAGCUUUGCCCAUCUGCUAGAGUCUGAGUGACGUAAACGUCAUCACGUGGACGUGCCUGCAAGUUUCUGUGAGAGUUUUCGAUGCACCACCUACGUUUGCACCCCAGGUGGUGGAAAUGCAGAAAAUUGACUGGAUUGACGAGUCGGCCGUGCCGUCUCCGGCUGUCCGUGUCCACAACAGCCUGUAAUCAAGGCUUAAGAGGUGAUGCCAUGAAAAGAGCAGUUGGAGCUAGUUUGGUGUUAUUUCUUUUGUGAAUGCAACUUAAGACAAGAAAAUACAUUUGAGGUUUGCUCCGACAGCAAUCACGCCGACGUUUCAGUGGGAUCUUUGUGUCACCUGGUGAAUGAGUUCUGUGUCGUUCCUCGUGUCCCUGACCUAAUCGCCACGCAGCCUGUGCGACUCUCAGAGUCCAGCUUGGUGUUUUUGUUUGUCACAACAUCCAAAUUUCAAUUUAAAUUGUGUUAAAGUUUUCUUUGAAGGAUGUCAUUCUUUAGUAAAACUGAACUUUAACACAUUUCUGAAGGUGCAACAUUUUAUUUUAAGUAGUGCUGUCAGCGUUAAUCUCGCUAAACUGACGUUAACGCCAUGACCCCAUGAACUUGGCAAAUCUCCGUUAGCGAGUGGCUGCACGGUGUCAACGCGUAAGUGCGGUUAGCUUGCUAAUGCGUUAGCGCCAUGCAGCCCCUUGCACGGGGCGAUCCGCCUUAACUCACUAACAGAGAUUUGCCAAGUUAACGUGGUUAUGGCGUUAACGUCAUUUUAACGAGAUUAACGCUGACAGCACUCAUUUUAAGUUGUAGUAAUUCAAGAGGUCAGAAAAUCCUUAAAUCUGUGUUUUUCACCGAGUUGUCAACUUUCUUAAAGUCUGAUUCAUUUACGCUGUAUUUAAAGUUGAAGUUGGUCAGAGAGUUUGUCCGUGGGAACACAACCACAAGAAAAGUAUCCUCAUGUAUUUACUGCAAACACAAGUGUCAGUUGGUUUAAUUCUAAAAUUUCCCAUUUAAUUCAGAAACCAUCCACCAGCAGCAAACUAUCUCAAUAGUUAACUCAUAUCAUCCACUAAGACCAAACCAGUCCUUUGGUUCAGCUAAUGCACUAAAAACGACUGAAUAACUGUAAAUAGUUUACUGUGUUUGCUCGUAAAGGUGAGACAUGAGCAGGUAAUGCCACCAGAUUUCACAACCACGCCCAAGAGGCUGUGCCGAGGUCCAGGGAGCUUUGUUUUCUUCUCUGUAUGUUUCUGAUUUGACGUUUUCUGUACCGUCUUAGUCUACAUUUACAGGUUGUAGGUCAGCCCCUCCCCCCACCCCUCUGCUGAGCAACGUGUUUCUACUUGUUGUUGACCAUCGCAGCCGUGACUUCUCUAAAUGUGACUAGAAUGUGUUUGACAUGUUAUAUUCUGCAUGUAGACUCGGCGAGGCUAUUUUUGGUCUUUGACGAAAUAAAAAAAGAAAAAAUGUUUUUUUAAUGUACACCGGAGUGCUG